UCUUCUUCUUCUUCUUCUUCUUCUUUAUAGUUUAUACUCAAACCCUGCUCUGUUCACCCCAACCUAAUCGCCGAUCACUAAGUCAGAGAAACUAUCAAUGGCCGAGAUAGCGCCGGCGAACUUCGUAGACCAAUCAGUCGUUCCGGGAGAUGUGGUUCUUGACCUAACAAAAAUGGCGAACCAGACCAUCAAACUGGGCGGCGGUCUCCGGCAGGACUGCGAUGCAAUAGCUGCGAUGAAGGCCGGAACAUUGAGGUUCUCAAAGCCCAACAAGUACUGGGUCGAAACGUCCCAGAAACGGUAUGUGCCUUGUGUGGAGGAUUCUGUUCUUGGAAUCGUGGUGGACUCUAAAGCAGAUAAUUUUCUGGUGGACAUUAAAGGGCCUUCGCUGGCGUUUUUGCCCGUGCUUGCUUUCGAAGGAGGAACCAGGAGAAACAUACCAAAGUUUGAGGUAGGUACAUUGCUUUAUGUUCGGGUCGUGAAGGCAAACCCUGGUAUGAACCCUGAGUUGUCAUGCACUGAUGCCGGUGGAAAAGCAGCAGAGUAUGGUCCCCUUAAAGAUGGCUACAUGUUUGAAUGCUCAACUGGCCUUUCAAGAAUGCUGCUGAGUUCACCAACAUGUCCAGUUCUUGCAGCACUUGGGAGGAACAUCUCCUUUGAAAUAGCAGUUGGUUUAAAUGGCCGUGUUUGGGUGAACGCCACUGAAGCAGAUAAGGUGAUCAUAGUUGCUAAUGCAAUUAUGAACUCGGAGUCCCUUAGUGGGGUACAGCAGAUUGGUAUGGUGGAUAAACUUUUGAAGAAGAUCAAUGACUUAGCAACAUGACAAUUCCAGAAGUGCAAGCUUUCUAGCUGUCAAACUCGCCCAAUUUUGUUUCAUCCAAGAGAUUUUGUCUUGAACGGGUUACAAAGACACCAAAAUCCAGUGAAGACCGCAGUACCGUGCUAAAAUGAUCUUGUACAUGAGCCGUCCGAGUCCCGUCAACCCUUGCACCAGUAGAGAUGUCACAACUCGGAUUUUAUUUUAGUGUUAUUUACCUUUAGAACUUAGAAACUUGUUAUUUGAGCGGGAGAUUUCAUUAUGUAGAUCGUUAUGCACCUCUGGACUUUCCAUUUUCAAAAUAAACUUGACCUAAUCCCAACAUUAUUCAGAAGGAAA